CGGCGCUUCUGUGCAAAAAUACGUCGUGACGUCAUCGCGCCGUGACGUCACUCUCCUUCGCGAAGAACCUUAAGAUGGCGUCGUACAGAGGUGGUGGUGGUAGCUACUACCGUGGGGAUAACAGUGGCAAUUGGGACAAUGAUGGAAGGAGGUCGACAAGAGUUUCUGAUAUGCAAGACUCGUACGAAGGCAUGCAUAAAGACAGCAGAAGUGAUGGUAAUUACAGCACAGCCGCUGCGCUGCUGAGCACCAUGCUGAAGAUGAUGACUUCGGACGGAUCCCAGCCUGCCGCCUCAGUCUCAGAAUCGGGCUAUCCGAAGGAUUGGUCGUCAUCACAAGAGUACAGCUAUCGCAGAUCGAAUGACUCGUCACAGCUAGGAUCCGGUUAUAGCGCAGGCUACAGCGAGCCUUACAACAGUCAGAUGACCCGUCAAACCACCGACUACAACUACCAGCCGCGCAGUGGGCAGCAGCACCAAGGCCAGUAUGGCCGCAGCAGCAGCUCAUGGCAGCCCGAUUAUUCUUGGCAGAACAGGGGGCAGGGCUACUCGAAGGGGCAUGACUUCUCGCAGGGCACUGGAUGGCAGCCAAGUGGUCGGGGCAAGCGGGGCAAAUGGGUGGGCAGCUCCCGAGGACGUGGCGGUAUGCCCAACGCGCAGUGGAAAUCUGACGGGCAGGGCUACGGAAACCAGACUGCCAGGGCCGGGCAGGGCUCUUCGAAUUGGUCCAGUCAGCGCUCGGGCUCUCAGAGUCAGACGGGGAAGUUGGACUUGCGCAGCCAACCAGCUAAGCAGACCCCUGUGAGCGGGGCCAAGGUUCCAAGUCUUGUUGGUGGUGUAGGGCAGAAAAAAGAGAGCAUUGCGCCAAAGGGCCAGGUCGGCCAGCAGAGCUUGCCGGCCAAGGCUCCCCCCACUACCAAGGCAGUUGGCACGACGGUGCUGUCCAAAAACCAAAAGCGGAAAUUGAAGUGGCUUCCAAACAAGAUCAACGCGAUGGUGCCCGCUCAGAAGCUGCCGUCCUCAGGCGCCCAGCCGGGGGAUGGGGCUUCUGGAGCAGAGAAGGGCCACCUCGGCAAGCAGCCGGUGAGCAGUGCCGGCUCGGAGGUGGGCGGCGGCGCCUGCACGGGACCGUCUGGCAUGGCCAAUGUGCCGUCUACCGGAGAGGCAACCGGGGUGACAAAUGCACAGCAAUCUGGAGGCGCAGUGAAGAGGAAACUGACCCAGGGUGAGCAGCCGUUGGCCAAAAAAACCAGAUUUGAAGAUCACUCACCAGAGAGUGAAACCACCAGUAUAUUUGGAGGACUGUGGUCAACGAAACCCAAGGGCCCUAGACGCAAAGGUACCAAAAAGCCACAGUAUGGCUGCAGCCUCUGCCAGAUCCGCACGAACAAAGCGUUCUUCAUCAAGGGCCACUUGGAGAGUGUGUACCACCAACAGUCGCUCUCUUUCCUUGAAGAGGAGUUUGACAAGGAUGUCUCCAAGUUCCUGCAUAAGCUAAUCUGGAGGAAAGCCGACUUUGUUAUGAGGCGGGGAAACGAAUCUAAGUGCGUCCUUGGCAACAGUGACGACAUCUUCACGCGGACUACAAAGCGAGCAGAAAGAGAAGCAAUCGUCCUGGAUGAAGCACUGGAGAUGAGAACAGCAGUGCAGUGUCAUGCCUGCAAUAUGUUUGUGCCGUACACAUUUUCAAUGGUGGCUCAGCACCUUGAAUCUCCGGAGCACCAGCAGAAUAAAUUGGUGUACGUGACUGAAAGGAAGACUGUGGUGGUUGCUGUUGCCAAGAGCAUUCUGGGAAACGAUAACAACUCCGUCCUCCUCAAGCACUUCAAAGAGGGCAAAGAACCCUUUAACAACCCCGAAUAUGAACACCUCUUCAUUUUCUCCGGCCAUGGCAAGAAGCAGAAUCCAGUGGCAGUGGUCAGCGAAGAAACCAGCAAAGAAACAGCCGCUAAAGAUGAUGCAGAAGUCGGGGAGGCAGCAGCGGAGCUGGCUACGCCGCAGAGCUCUGAGCAGACACCCGCUGAUGAGGCAGAGAUGCAAGGCAUUGCACAGGAAGAUGCCGACGAUGAUCUUCUGAAAGAAGACGAGCUCGCAGAGGCUGCGGCUGGGGAGCCCGAGUUGUCGGAGGGUGCCACUGCUGACGGUGUUUCAGGUGAAGAUGUGGCCAAUCCCCCUUUUGACCAUUUGGAAACAGAAACGCAGGAGGCCGAUCUCGGAGAAGAUGGAGUUGUUGUUGACGACGGCGAAGAUGCAGUGAGCUACGGAGACUGCGCCGCCACCGCACCGGCAGCAGAAGAAGAAUCGUUUCUUGGCUCUGUUGGUCAGGGCGAUGCUCAGGAAGGUCAAUACGUAGAUGGUGAGGAGUCGGCGGCGUCUGCUGUCAAGGCAACGCCUGUCCUGGAAGAGGCGGUGUCGCUGCCCGCAGAAACCCUUCCAUUUUUUGAGGAUACCAUGCCGUCCGAUUGGAGCCAGAGCAACGCGAGCGUGGAGAUGCCCAUAGUCAUGGGAGGAGGAACGGCCGCCGUUGUCCGCAAAAGUCCGUACGGGACGCGGAAGGCUGGGAGGGGUCGUGGUGGGGCCAGCAAAUCUAAGGCCACAUAGAGGGCCUUGUUUCAAUGCACAAGUUUAUUUGCAAAAUGUGCAGCCCAAUUAAAUUUCCUUCAAUUUUUGCCGUCAUCGUUUUCAGGUCUUUGGUAUGUAUUACUAAAGUGGGGCCACAUGUUGGAAAUGUUGAUUAAUGCCCGAUACACGUCUCUCACAUCCGGCCAGUGCCCUAAUGACAUCGUCGCAAUGGGUUAAGUGCUCUUGUCACGUCAGCGUGUUAUAUUGUUCAUCAGACCCUGCACGGUCAUUCUCCCUGUGCGAGUGGUAGCGUGGUUUUGUCAUGUAUGUUGAACUUCUUUCACGCCGAACGUAGCUAGCCCUGCUAAUUGGAGGUGUGGGGGAAGGACUACAAACUAAACACACAAAGCAGUUCUGAAGAAAUCAGUUUUCAAUCCAGAUUUUUUUAAAGUGACUAGCAUUCCAGAUGGCCGCAGAAGCGCAUCUGAAAGUGUGCAAUGCAGUCACCAUCUUUGUUCGAUGGUUAGCCGAAAGUCCUUGUGGAUAAUCCUCCGAUUAGCCACGGUUGGCUAACGUUGCAGUGCAAAAGAAGUUCAACUACAUUAAUCAGUGGAAACCUGUGCGUGCUACCGAUUAUUUCACUUCCACUUUUUCACUUAACUCCUAGUUCUUCAAUAGCUACUUUCCUGACAUUUUGUCGGCUAAGUUGGAAACGGUGGACCUGUGUUUAAUAGCAGUAGAUUAAGUGCAUUCAAGAGCAGAUGGAGAUUUUAAUUGUAUUCUGUGAUAUGUUUAAAGAGUAAUGCGGAAUUCAAUUAUCUUCCAUCAUUCAAAGUAUUGAUUUUCAGAGUCGCCCAUAUUUUCCUCCCAUAUCUGAAGAGGCAUUUAACACAUUUAUCACAUUAACCUACAGUGUAAGGGGUAGAAGUUGUUUUAAUAACUACUUGGUAAAAUGAGCUGGUUUUAUCGUAGUAGUUGUUUUUUAAUGUUUUUUGUUAUUGUAGAUUAGUGCGGGAGGAGGGGUUGGUGCUUUUGAAUGUUUACUAAUUUAGAUGCUUUGCUGUUGUCAUGUGUAGUCACGCCAGGUAGAUUUUGUUUUGCCUCGUGAGAAAUCCAGAGAUAUGGGUGACUUGUAUUUGCGAGAUUGGACCUGGGCUCACGGUAAUUACAAAACAAAUUAACUUGGGCACAGAAAUUAAAUGUCUAAAUGCAACUGUUCACGUGGGAAAUUCAAAGUUGUUGUGUCCAAACGUCAAUGUAUUUACGAAUAAAUUCCUUCGAAUGCAA